AUUGGAUGUUGCUUAUUUUGGCACCAUAUGCAUAUCAUGUUUAUUGUUGUGAUCCGGUGAAUUCAGAGCCAAAUAACCGUGAGGAGAUUGUAUCAGUGAUCGUCAGCGCUUUCAAUCUUUUUUUCUCUAUGAAUCUUCCUGAUGUCGAGAUCCCUGAUACUCUACGCAUUAAGCAACCUCAGUGUUCACACCAACCGGACAAUGUGGCAUGUGGAUACUACUUAAUGAGGAUGUUGAAGGAUUUGAUUGAACAUGCGAGUCCCGGGCAUUACUUGAGAACGCUAACAAGCACAUCAUAUACAGAGGCACAAAUUGAUGAGUUGCGACAAGAAUGGGCGACAUAUAUGUUGCUGAUAAUCCAAAGUUACCGACCUCGUUGGUAGGUUUUUUGUUUAUUUUUUAACUCUUUCUUCAUACACAAUGCAAUAUUUGUUCAUUUUGAAUAUGUCUAACAAAUAUUGUAUUUAUUGUAUAUGUCUAACAAAUAUAUUUUUUUCUUUCAAUUUAAUUGAUUAUUAAAUCAAUUUAAAUUUAGAUUAAAAUCAUUUCAAUUUAA